AUGAAGACCUCUGUCAUUCUCUCACUUUCGGCGCUGAGCGCCGUUGCCGUCUCCCAGGCGACUCUUUACGGCCAGUGUGGAGGGCAAGGCUGGACCGGCCCUACCACCUGUGUCUCCGGCGCCACCUGCGUCUCUUACAACGAGUGGUACAGCCAGUGCAUCGCUGGCGGCGACAGUGACGAAACUGAGCCCGAGCCCGAGCCCAGUGCCGAGCCCAGCGCUCCCCAGGUCUCCUCUGCCGAGUCCACGGCUGCCCCUACCGCCGUCGAGGAAGACGACGACUGCUCCCCUGCCGUCACCGACCCCCCGGCUGCUCCGUCAACCGUCGACGAAGCGCCUGCCCCCACCUUCGUCACCGAGGCCCCAUCGUCUACCUCCGAGGCCGCCGCCGUUACGGCCACUUCUUCUGAAGAGGACGAGGCUGAGCCUACCACCGAGGCCCCUGUUUCUGAGCCUGCUACCACUCUGGCCACCGCCACCAAGCCCGCUACCACAGUCAUCGCCGCGCCUUCGGGAGUCACCAAGACCCUCCCCCAGGCUGCUGGUACCGUUGAGACAGAUGCCGCGAUUCCCGUUUCUGGCGAGUUUGACGGUGGCAUGAAGCUGUACGACCGUAACCCCAAGGUCUGCAAGGACCAAAGCGAGACGGGCGAGAAGGACGCCAUGUUCAUCCUCGAAGACGGCGCUACUCUCUCCAACGUCAUCAUCGGACCCGGCCAGGCUGAGGGUGUCCACUGCAAGGGAAGCUGCACUCUGAUCAACGUCUGGCACUCCGACGUCUGCGAGGACGCCAUCACGCUCAAGCAAAAGUCCGGAACCUCCAACAUCAUCGGUGGCGGCGCGUUCCACGCCUCUGACAAGGUCGUCCAGUUCAACGGCCGCGGCACCGUCUCCAUCAAGGACUUUUACGUCGAGGACUACGGCAAGCUCGUUCGCAACUGCGGCAACUGCAAGGACAACGGCGGACCUCGCGACAUCAUCAUCGAGAACGUCGUCGCCGUCGACGGAGGCGUGCUCUGCGGCAUCAACACCAACUACGGCGACACCUGCACCGUCGCGGGCUCGUGCCAGAACGCCGGCAAGAGCUGCGACCGGUACACGGGCAACUCGUCCGGCGACGAGCCCAAGAAGAUUGGCAGCGGCCCGGACGGCGAGUUCUGCACUGUCACGGGUCUGACUGAGACCUGCUAG